AUGAGUAGAACUGCUAAACUGAAAAGUCUAAGGGCAGCGAGAUCCGGGAUUAAUAUCAUUUCUGACCAUAGUGACUCUGAACAGGACUCAUACCAGCUCUACGAUACGGUUGACGAAGAAGAGUAUCGAAAGAGGAAAAGAAAAGAGAUCUUAGAAGAUGAUUUCAUUGUGGACGAUAAUGGUGAAGGCUAUGUGGAUACUGGAGCUGAUGAAUGGGAAGGCGGCUAUUAUGACGAUCAAGAUGAUAAUCCGGAUUAUGACGACCAGGAGAAUGAAGAUCCUCUAACCACCAAACAUAAGACAAAGCCCAAAAAAGUGAAACAAAUUAACCAAUUCUUUACUAGCACUGAAUCUAAAGUCAAACCUGUAAAGUCACUUAAAGUUGAUGAUAUUUUGAAUGAUUUUGAAUCCAAACCGACGCACGCUGGUUCCCCCUUCCAGGUGAAGUCGGGAUCGAAAAGUACAAUGUUUGGUGGUAACAAGAGAGCCAAAUUGGAAAACACGCAAAAGAAGAAGAAAGUAGGACUUUUCAGCUCCGAAAAGAAGCGAAAACUUAAUCCUUCUUCCUCUAGCAUCGUAAACAAUGACGAGAUUAAUUCUGAAGAUAUAGAGAGAAGUAUUGAUGUUGAACAGCACUUAGAUCAACCCAAACCUGACAUCAAGGAGAUGAAUUCAUCGCCAAUAAAACAAAAAGUAAUCUCUUUAGACCAAACCCAAGAUGAAGAAUCUGAUGAGGAACUAUUGAUUUCUCGCAGAGCAAGAACAGCAAAUACGGAAAUUUCCAGAGAAGUCAACAUGAGGGCGUCGGUUAUAGAAGAGAAAGCUGCAGAUGCAGACUCUAGCUCUUCUCCUACGAGAUCCAGAUCAAUUAUGACAUCUUCGCCGUCAAAGGUAACCAAGUUAGGUGGUACUGAUCUCUCGGAAGGACCUGUUUUGAUGUACUGGUUAGAUUAUGUUGAAGUUAACCACAAACUACUGCUUUUUGGUAAAGUUCGCACCAGUUCUGGUGCUUUAGUUUCGGCAAUGGUCCAGGUUGGUGGUGUCGAUCGAGAGAUUUACAUAUUGCCGCGUUCUUCUCACAGAAGUGACUCCAGUGCUCCAUGUGGCCCCAUGGAUGUCCACGAGGAAAUCACCCCUCUUCUGUUGGAAAAGUAUGGUCUAAAGAGUAUUCGUGCAAAGCCUGUAACUAUGAAGUAUGCAUUUGAGUUACCAGGGGUCCCGUCAGAAGCAGACUAUCUGAAAAUUUUGUUGCCGCAUGACACCCCAUUGAAUGCAGAUUUAGCACUUCCCUCGUCAUUGGAAGGGGAAACUUUUCAACGAGUAUUUGGAGGGCAUUCUGCUCUUUUUGAAGACUUCGUCCUGCAAAAAGAUGUGAUGGGACCAUGUUGGCUGGAAAUAUCCAAUCCUGAUUUUGACUCAAUGCGUAACUCAAGUCACUGUAGGGUUGAAAUGGCAAUACAAUCGCCGAAAGACAUUACUGUAUACCGAGGAACAGAUCAAACAGCGCCAAAUCUCACGGUUUUGGGAAUAACUGUCCAGACAGUGAUGAACACGAGGACCAAUAACCAAGAAGUGGCCGCUGUGUCGAUUGCUACGUUCAAUGAAUUGCCUCAGGAGUUGCCUAUUCCAGAAGAUUUACAGCCUGAUGAACUGAUCACGUUGAUACGCCCAUUGGGCGAUUCGACUGUAUUUCCUCCAGGUGUGCAAAGAGCUAUCGAAAAACAGGGCCUCAAGAUACGAUGUACGCCCAAUGAGAAAACAUUGUUGAACCUUCUUUGUGCACUAGUAAAAAGGGCAGAUCCCGAUGUUUUUGUAGGGCAUCGUAUUGAAUCUAUUCAGCUAGACGUGUUGGUUCACCGACUCUACGAUCUGAAGGUACCUACUUGGAGUUCGUUUGGAAGACUUAACAAGAAGGUCUGGCCCGACAGGUUUCCCCGACGUUCUGGAGGUCCCAGCAAGGUUCGGGAAAUUUUUCACGGACGGUUGUUAUGUGAUAUUGGCAAUGAUAUGGGCCAAUCUCUAACAACCAAGUGCCAGUCUUGGGACCUUCCAGAAAUGUAUCAAUCUGUUUGCGGUAAGACCUUCAAGCCUUCUGAAAUUGCACUCAACAACCCUCAAUUGUCCGAGAAUGUCAACUUGUUGUUAACGGUCGCAAAGGAAGGUGCCAGUAUGGUCCAAAUUACAAGUGAAAUAACUUUCAGAAUUCAAAUCCUUUCUCUUUCAAAAAUUCUAACCAACCUCGCAGGUAACGCAUGGAGCCAUACAUUGGGUGGAACUCGUGCCGGUAGGAAUGAAUUCAUUUUACUGCAUGAGUUCAGAAAGAACGGAUACAUCGUGCCUGAUAAAGAGAACUUUUAUCAGAAGCAUCAACAGCAACAGCUGCAAGACCAAAGUCCCGAGGAUGACGAGACUACGAAGAUAUCGUCCAAGAAAAACAACAAGUUUAAAGGAGGUUUAGUUUUUGAACCUGAAAAAGGCUUACACAGGAACAUCGUUCUUGUUUUGGAUUUUAACUCACUUUAUCCUUCUAUUAUUCAAGAGUUUAACAUUUGUUUUACUACUGUCGAACGAGAAUCUGGCAAUGUCGACACUAUUCCCCCAGUUCCAGUACAAAAUAGCCAACAAGGUGUUCUUCCAAGGCUUUUAGCCAACCUAGUGAGUAGACGUAGGGAGGUGAAAAAGCUACUUAAAGAUUCCAAAAUUGGACCAGUAGAAAAAGCACAAUUUGACAUCAAACAACAAGCCCUAAAGCUAACGGCCAACUCAAUGUAUGGUUGUCUUGGUUAUGUAAAUUCCCGAUUCUACGCUCGACCUUUGGCUAUGCUAGUGACUAGCAAAGGUAGGGAAAUCCUGAUGGAUACUAGGCAAUUGGCUGAAAGUCUGGGCCUCAAAGUAGUUUAUGGAGACACAGACUCUGUCAUGAUUGACUCCGGGACCAUUGACUACCAAGAAGCAAUUGCCAUUGGAGAGGACUUGAAAGCCAAAGUUAAUGAAAGAUAUAGCUUACUUGAAAUUGAUAUUGACAAUGUCUUUAAGAGAAUUUUGCUACAUGCGAAGAAAAAGUAUGCGGCAAUGAAUCUGAGCUUACAAAAUGGUAAAAUGGUAUCUCAGCUUGAGGUUAAAGGUUUGGAUAUGAGACGUCGUGAAUACUGUCAAUUAUCUAAAGAAAUAUCGACACACGUCCUAGAACAGAUACUAGGAGAAAAUGAUUCAGAUGAAGCAUUGAGUGAUAUCUAUCAAUAUUUGGAAACCAUGGGAACUAAAAUCCGAGAGAAUUCCAUUCCUAUUACAAAAUUUAACAUUAAUACCAAGCUAUCCAAAGAUCCCGCACAAUAUGCUAAUGCAGGUGGUAUGCCACAGGUUCAAGUAGCAUUGCGGCUGAGGGGUCAAGGUAAAGUCGUUAAGGCAGGUACAGUUGUCAGUUUCAUAGUCACAGCUGGUGAUGAUAACCUCUCUGUGGCGGAGAGAGCUCGUCCCUUGGCUGAAGUGUUGGCCACUCCCGAACAGCUACGCCCUGAUCCCGACUACUACUUGGAGAAACAAAUUUUUGCCCCUGUUGAACGUUUGGUGGAGCGCCUUGAGGGCGUAGAUUUGGUGCGAUUGGCUAAAUGUUUAGGUUUAGACUCUGGCAGGUAUGCAAGGAUUCGAACCCAGUAUGCAAACGGUGGUGCAAAUGGUGAUGAUCUUCUGCAACCGCUGGAGUCAUGUAUUUCGGAUGCCGAAAGAUUUAAAGAAGCCGCAACGUUGGAACUAACAUGUACAUGUGGUGCUCAUUUCGCUUUCGGAGGCAUUCAGGAGUCAUCUUACUACACGGUAACCUUUUCUGGUAUUCAAUGCAGCUCCUGUGGGACACAGCUAUCUUCUUUGAGAGUAGCGAGUCAAUUAGAAAGGUUGAUUCGUCACCAUAUAUCGCUCUAUUACGCUGGUUGGGUAGAGUGUGACGACGUGUCAUGUGGAGUUCAUACCAGACAGGUCUCAGUGUACGGUAAAAGAUGCAUUGGAAAUACUGGACGUUCAGUUGGUUGCAAGGGUGUCAUCUCGUAUGUAUAUACGGACAGAGAGCUGUACAAUCAACUACUAUAUCUAGAAUCUUUGUUUGAUGUCGAUAAAGCUCGUCGACAAGAGUUACGGCCACUACAGGACGAUACAGAAAACAGAAUACGGAGUGACUCUGGUGAAACGAAAAAAGGUAUAUCCCAAAGUACCUUGGAUGCGUUGGCAGAGCAAAACAGAGACACAUUUGGGGCAUUCCAAAGUGUGGUUCAAAAGUACUUCGAACAAUGUGGACGACGCUAUGUCGAUAUGGCAAGUUUAUUUAAUUUUUCAUAG